GCCCGAAUUAAUAUUUUACUUAAAAAUCCCUAACGAGAUGUGCUCAGAAGAUCCCGAUCGUAAACUCUUAAACCCUCAAUCGGCUCUCUCUCCCUUAAGUAGCAGUCCGCCGUUCUUAGUGAGUCACUCUGGAAAAAUAUUUCUCUCCAACUCUUCAAUUGUUGGCCAAAGUCAUCCCUGCAUCUUUUACAAGAUUUCAAGGAAGAGCUUACCGGAAGACGUUAUCAGGGUGCCACACUUAUUUGUGUAUUUUCAGUUCAGCUUAUACAGAUACUAAGGGUAAGGCCAAGGCCUAGGAAGAUGAUGAGAGAGUGGAACGCGUGCCAAAAUGAGUUAACGGGAACGACCUUGGUGGCUUCUAGCUACUUAUUAUUUUUAUUUCAGUAUUUCAGUUGUUAUAAUAAAGAGAUUAUUAUUUCUUUAUUUUAUUGUGGAUUUGAAUUUUGAAUAAAUUCCUGGAUCCAGGUGGUUAUCACAUUUAUUGGUGAUAACUAUUUUAUUAAGUUUUUAUUUGGAGUUGUUUUAGAUAUAUUUGAGAUUUUAUCAGGGUUAUUUUCAAUAGACGGCCGUUAUACUGCAAUUUAUUUUUAAAAGUAGUGAGUUAGUGUAACGUUUCCUUUAACCCUGAGAGGGGCGUUACAAGUUUGGUAUCAGAGCCCAGGUUGUCCCGUAACUUCAUUUGUCACCGUACACGUGCUCGUCAUCUUCCAAGUAAGUACUUAUUUAUGUUAAGAGUUAUCUAUGUGAAAAUAUGUUUGAGCGUUGUUAGUAUGAGCUACAUAUAAAAGUCAAGUAAGAGUAAUAUGUACUCAACUCGUAAAAGCUUUGUGUUAUUACGAGUUAUUCAGAUUAAAAUUUAUUCGAGCGCCUAUAUUCUUGAGUUAGGUCUUCUAUUUCAUUUAGGAAAUACUUACGGUUGUUAUCUAAAAAAACAAAACACCAUCGUUCUAGUCAUACACCUCUCAAAAUCACGUAUUUGCAGUUUUCCACUUUAGUCUAUGUUGAUCUUUUAUAGAAAAUAUUUCUCAUAGAGGUUACUCAUGAUUAAAAUUCGAGUUAAUUAAAAAAUAGUGUCAUAUAGUCUUUAUUUUCUCAUGAUUAAGUACUUGAAUUAUGUCACAAUCAGUGCUAGUGAAACUAUCUUUUUAUAUAGCUUGUAGACUUGUAGUUUAUUUAUUCCCUAAGACAUGUUAGAUAUAUAUUUUUUUUAAAUUAAGAAGAAUAAUAAAGAGUUUGUCUGAUAUUUUUCUAAAGGGACUAAAGCAUCACAUGUAAUUGAGUUUACAUGAGUAAGAAUUUUCAUAAGCAUACAAAUCAGUUUGUUAUGUAUUUUUUAUUCAUUUAUUAAGUGAUUUUUUUUUUCAACGCCCAUGCUAAUUACAUUAUCUUAUUAUAUUUGUGGUAAAAAAAAAAUUGUUAUAAGUUAUAUCUUAAAUUGUUUUUGUGUAAAAUGUUGAAACCUCACCUUCGGUUUCAAAAGCUCUUAAAUAGUAGUUUCAAAUGUUUUAUCAAACGUAUCAUAAGUUGCAUGAUUUUCUUGAGUGUUGAAUGUCGGUAUUUCAUAUUUGGAAUCUUGAGUUGCUGGGAGGGCCCCUCAUCAAUUUGAUGGUUCCAAUAGGAGAUACUGAUGGUCGGAUAUCGCUUUAAUAUGAUCAGGUUAUUCAAAAGUAUGUUGUCUUUAAGUUGUAAAUGCUUAUUUUAAAAUAAGUAUUACAGUAUUAGAGUGUGUUGAUUAAUCAUUAAAUGCAUUUAGUGAUUAAUGAGUAAUCAAAUGACAAUGAUUUUACUAAAAGUCAAAUAAGUAGUUUUUUUAAUGAUGUAUUAGUAUAGUAUCGAGCUAUCUCCUCAAAGGUAUGUUUCAGAAGAAAUUUUGAGUUUUAAAAUGUCGCAAAGAAAUUUUCGAGUACUCCCAGCCUUUGGCACUGAGAUUUAAACAGUGUUGCACAUUCUUGUUACCAAAAUAUAUUGAGUGCCAUCACUUAAAUUUUCUUACUAUGAUCGGCCAAUAAAGUCUAUAUACGUGAUUCAAAGUUUUUUUUAAUAGUAUCUGGUUCUUAGAAGUUAGAUUAGUAGAGAUGAGUGGAAGGAUUUGGUCAAACCAGUCUCUGGUAAAUCACGGGUCUUAGAACCUGCUGCACACUACGAUAUAGAGAUUUGUGAAGUGUGUUCCAAUACAUUGUGAUCUAGAAUGUGAACAUUUCAAUAGAAUGAAGAGUAUGGUACCAUCAAGCUCUCUUAAAGCUAUUUUGUAUAAAUAUGUGUAGAGAGUGUCCCAGUAAGCUCAUGUUGGGAACUAGUAUGCUCUUUGAGUAAAAGAUUUAAUGGUGGAAAUAAAGAGUAUAAAGAGUUUGGCACCACAAGCUAUUCGUUUGUUAUGAGUCAUUAGCAACUCAAGGACUUCAACCCCAACAGUUGAGUAAGUUGUGCCAUGUGAUUUUGAGCGAGUAAAUCAGUGUCUGUCAAAUUAAGAAUAUAGGAAGCCAGUAAGGACAUAACCAUGAUGUUAGAUUUUCUUUUGAAAGAUACUAGUGUAGAUCCUUUGAUCGGCUUAUUAGAUUCUUCGAUAAAUUUAUUAUUUCUAUUUGAAAUCGAAAGGGCAGAGUUAAAAGAGUUUUGUAAAGUAAUAUAAACCAAGUUUUGAGUUAGAUGAUAUGGCUGUUAAAUAUUAUUCACUCUUAUGAGAAAAUUUGUAUUACUGGUUGGUUGCUUUAUUAGUUUAGAAAUCUACAAAAACUUUACCACUAUAAGAGAGCAAUAUUUUCAAAAGGAAAUAAUUAGGAGAUAAAGGUUUAGAAGGAAUUGUGUUACUGAAGUGAGUCAAAAAAAAAAAAAUGUCACCUGCUUACCAACCGUCAGCAGUAAGUUAUUUUUAGAACAGGAAGUAUAGAUAUUUUUUUUCCAACUAGUUAUUUGAAUAUAACACAUUUUGAUUAGUGAAGAGAUGAAGGAUUUAAAAAGAAAAACAUAUUACUAUCCUUAAUUCUUCUAUAGCUGAAUAAGGAAGCAAAGAGAUAGAAUUAUUAAGUAAAAAAAAAAAAAAGAAUGCAUGUAGUCAAGUAUUUUGUGUCAGACAUUUAUGUGAUUCACAAUGUCAAAAUUCUGUUAAACAGAACAUUUAUGAUGUCUUUUGUUUAAGAAAGAUGAAAAUUUGAAACUAAGCAAAUUAAAUAAUUUAUUUCGAUGUUGACAUUUUAAUGUUAACUCACUUACUGAUUUUCUAGAGGGAGUCCAAGAAGAUUUAGUUACAAAACUUAUAAUAUAAUUUAUUCACAAUAGACUUAUCCACCAAAGAUUUUUUUUUUCUGUAUAUCAAGACUUAGCUUCAAUUAAUAAAUUGUGUUCAAGGUUUGAAGGAGACUGAUGCUCAUCUUAUUAGGAAUAACUGUUCUUUUCAAGAUCAAAUUUUAAGAUAAAAGAAAAUUUCUAAUAAUAAACUAGAUUCACAUUUCUCUCUUGACUACUUCGAAAUACUAUGUAUUAAUCAAUGAAGUUAUAGUUUUGGUUCCAGAGAUUCAGAACCAUGAGAAAGUUUUUUUUUUAUUGAAAAGAUAACUUUGAGAUGCUUGAGUGGUUAAAAAAAAGAGUUUAGUAUUUUAAUCUAUUUUAGACUUUAAAAAGAAUUUCUUCUGGUAUAAUAACGGAGGGUUAUUAAAGGAAAUGAAGAUUUCCUGUUAUGCUUUACAAAAUAUUUUUAUGUGGAGAGCCACAUUGACAACAAAUAGUAUAGGUCUAACAUAGAAAAAGAAUUAUUUAUUUUUCUUUCUUCAAAUUAUAAAUGAUGUGCUAGCUCCGAGUACUUUUGAUGCAUAAGAAGAAAAUAUAUCUCAAGGAUCCAACAAUAAAUAUAUAAUACUAUGUUAGGGUCAUUACCGAGUAUAACCAUCCUUAUAGUUUUUUUAGGCUUACAUAUGAGUCUCAUUGCACUGCUAUCGUGAACAAUUUGUGAGAUAGCAAUCUGUUGAACCGAAGCGAUAAAAUGGUAAAUGUGAAAACUUCAUCCUGCCCCACACCGUAAACAAAUUGUGAGGAUGAACUCUUAUAACCGAUAGUAAAUGAAACAUUCUGUUAGAUAUUGUAAUGCUUGAAUUUCAACAAUCAAGGACGAAUUUUAGAAAGAGUUCUAUUCAAUGGUUUUUUUUUUGCUUCUUUUGAAAAGACAAGUUUGGCCUAUGUAACCAUAUCAGUAGAAUAUGAUUAUGGAUUUCAUUUUUAGUAGUAAGGGGGUAAGCUUUUUAUAACAAGGUUAAAAUAUAGUUUUUUUUUUUCUUUCUCAUUAUAAUAAGCAAACAUGUCAAAGUAAUUCGUUUAUAAAGACUAUGUUGUGAGCAUGUGAUUUUGUGUUGUAGUGCUAUGACAAAUCAGGAGAAGUGGAUUUAAAUACUAAGAGUUUUCUUAAUCUUUGUUUUGGUCAAUAUAUGGAGUGGUAUGUUUGACAUAUGUUUUUUUAAGACAGGUUAAGAUUUAGUAUUAUCUUUCGCCCUCACAUUAAUAAGUAAAUGGAGCAACUCAGCAAACCAAUCCAUAUAUAAAUGACAUGUUCCGUGUUUAGGAUUUUGUGUUGUAGUUUAAACACUAAUAAUGAGAUAAGCACUUAAUAGGAGAAACUUUUUUGCAGAUCUUUGUGUAGUCUUAUCUCAAGUUAGUAUGUCUCCCCAAUAAGAGAAAUUCGAUCAGAUUGGUAGUUAGAAGAAAUGCCACUAUGAUUGCUAGUAUGGUUCCACUAAAACAAUGUGAGAAGAUAGAAAAGAAAUAAUCUGACGCGUCAUUCUUUUGAGUUGUUCUAAGUUUCGAGGACGAAACUUUUAUAAGGUAACGUUGACCGGUAAGCUCAUAAUAAUUUUAAUCAAAGAAAUAAAUACUAUUUUAAUAUUUAUUUAGUAUAUUAAUGAAAGGGGGGAAAUAUUAUAAUUCAGUUGGGUCACAAGUAUUUGUCAGAAGACUUAGAAACCCAAAUCAGUUUUCUUGGCCCGAAUUAAUAUUUUACUUAAAAAUCCCUAACGAGAUGUGCUCAGAAGAUCCCGAUCGUAAACUCUUAAACCCUCAAUCGGCUCUCUCUCCCUUAAGUAGCAGUCCGCCGUUCUUAGUGAGUCACUCUGGAAAAAUAUUUCUCUCCAACUCUUCAAUUGUUGGCCAAAGUCAUCCCUGCAUCUUUUACAAGAUUUCAAGGAAGAGCUUACCGGAAGACGUUAUCAGGGUGCCACACUUAUUUGUGUAUUUUCAGUUCAGCUUAUACAGAUACUAAGGGUAAGGCCAAGGCCUAGGAAGAUGAUGAGAGAGUGGAACGCGUGCCAAAAUGAGUUAACGGGAACGACCUUGGUGGCUUCUAGCUACUUAUUAUUUUUAUUUCAGUAUUUCAGUUGUUAUAAUAAAGAGAUUAUUAUUUCUUUAUUUUAUUGUGGAUUUGAAUUUUGAAUAAAUUCCUGGAUCCAGGUGGUUAUCACAUUUAUUGGUGAUAACUAUUUUAUUAAGUUUUUAUUUGGAGUUGUUUUAGAUAUAUUUGAGAUUUUAUCAGGGUUAUUUUCAAUAGACGGCCGUUAUACUGCAAUUUAUUUUUAAAAGUAGUGAGUUAGUGUAACGUUUCCUUUAACCCUGAGAGGGGCGUUACAGGCCACCCCACGUUUUUGUAUGCACUAGUUGACUAAAGGGGAGCUGGAGGAACAUGAAUUGAGUGGCAUGUGCGGACUAGAGAGUGAAGGGAUGGGUAGAGACAAACCCAUACACCCCAUGUCCUCUCUUAGUACUAUUCUUGGUCUUUGAUUGAGAGUAGAUACCUCCCCCUAUCAUUGAGAGCCAUUCGAACCAUACAAGGCAAGAGAGAGCUCAAGGGAAAGUCUUCAACAAGGUCCAAGAUUGAAGGCAACAUCAACAAAAGAAAUCCAAGGAGAAAAGAGUUGUUCUUGAGGAGUUGAAAUCGCCGGAAACCGCCAAGUAUAGGAGGCUGUUCGUAGCUGCAGACCACGAAAGCCGCCCACCUUUCACGAAAGCCGCCCGGCUUUUGUCUGCUGCCCAGAUUUUUCAUCUCCAAACGGUUUAGAACGGGGUUUGAUCGAAGGGCUUAACAAGGACAACUAUUUCAGCACUUCAUAGUUUCAGGUAGGGAGUAAAGCUUGCUACCAUCGUCCGUUGUUUCGGAUAGCUCAGGGAGAGAAGACGUGGUUCGUGCUUCCUCCGCUCUAUUUUUUAAAAUAUUAAAUCAAUGCUCAUGGAUAUUAUUUUGAAUAAUUAUUUGGGGCUUGUACGCCCAUGUUGCCGAAGUGUGGCAUAAACACUUGUAUUAAACGUUUCCGCUGAUUUAAAUGAUUAUUUUACAUUAUGUUUGUU